GCGCCGGGUAGCCUCUUCCUUUUCGAGAUCCGAGCGAUUGAGACAAGAUGGGCCACCAGCAGCUCUACUGGAGUCACCCACGAAAAUUCGGCCAGGGAUCACGAUCCUGCCGAGUAUGCUCCAACAGACACGGUCUGAUCCGCAAGUACGGUCUGAACAUGUGCCGUCAGUGUUUCCGACAGUACGCGAAGGACAUCGGCUUUGUCAAGCUUGACUAAUCAUGCGGUGAAGUUCAUUGGACUGAAUUCAUUGCUGCCCAGCGGUGCCGAGAUGACAACAUGGACUUUCAUUUGGGCUACGUUGUAAUAUACAAUAAAAUGUUUGCUGUCCGCUA